AUGAUAUCACAUGUCAUAUCAGGCAGUUCGGAGAUCAGCGGCAUAAGCCACGCACCCGCGAAGAAAAGCACUUGGAACGCCAAGAACGGCCUAGAGGCAGCCAAGCCGAAAUGCCUGCUCUUGGGUACGGACGAAAUAAGUUUCAUGGCCAAGGAGCAGGAAAAGAUUCUCACCCCCCAUCAUGAUGCCAUGGUUAUAUCGCUCACUGUAGCGAACUGCCUGGUGAAAAGGAUACUGGUAGAUUAUGGAAGCUCCGACAACAUCAUCUUCCAGGCCGCAUACAAGGAUCUAGGACUGGAGGAAAGCACUCUAACUCUAAGGAUAACCCCACUCAUAGGGUUCAGCGGAGAAGUCAAGCAAACCGCCAGAGAGUUGACCCUCCCAGUAUAUGCUGAAGGGCUCAACAUGUCAACCAAGUUCCUUGAUGUUGACUGCGACUCAUCCUACAAUAUGAUCCUAGGACGGCCCUGGAUUCACGGCAUGGGAGCCAUCCCUUCGACUCUUCACCAGAUGGUGAAAUUCCCUGCACCCUGGGGCAUAAGGACAAUAAGAGGGGAACAAGAGUAUUCCCGCCUCUGCUACCAUACUAACUUUAAGGGAAAGACCAAGGUCUUAUAG